AGCUCUUUUAGAGCACAAUUUGUUGGCGGCACCACACCUAAUAGCUCGCAGUUUAGAAAAUGGAAAAAACAGAUGUUGUGGGGUUCAGCUGUAGGGCUGCUGUCUUGUAAAAGCACGGCAAAUUCAAAAGUAUUUCAGGAAGCUGUUCCUUGGUUCCAGGACGGCAUCAUGGGACACAUAAUACGGUAAUAAGAUCCCGAACACGAGCGGUACGGGGAGUUUUUAUAAAAUUGGGUGGUACCCAAUAUGCUGCAAUUUUGAGAAAAAGCUGUGGCUUUCCGUGAAUAGUUGAUGGAAGAUUGUUCUCAUGCCUCUGUUUUGAAAGAAUGGUUUCUUAUCCAUUUGAAUGCUUAAAAAAUGGGAUUUGGUUGAAGAUAAUAGGAAUCCGUGUUGACCCUUUUUGGCCUAUAAAUCCACCAGUUUAGAGGAUCAGAUUAACAUCAAGAACCAACAAAGAAGAGUUCCGGCAAUCGAGAAUUCCUGAGAAAAUAGAGCAACAUGGGAGGAACCGAAGAGGAGAAGCACCAGAAGGAGGAGAAGCACGAGAAGGAAGAGAAGAACGAGAAGAAGGAGGAAGACAAGGCCAAGGAGAAGAAGAAGGACAAGAAGUGUAAGGAUGAGGAGGCCGGCGAGAAGAAGAAGAAGGAGAAGAAGAACCCCGAAGACAAGAGGGACCCGCAGAAGCUCAAGCUUAAGCUCGAGAAGCUCGAUGCCAAGAUGCAGGCUCUCGUUACCAAGAGGGAGGAGAUCCUUAAGCUCCUCCACGAGGCUGAGCAGAUUGCCAAGGACUCCGUGACCACUCAGCCGGCGGCUGCCACCUCGUCCUGAGCAUUUGAUCUGAAACCUGAAACACGACGGUUCAUAAUCCUGUCCAUAAGUUUAACGUUAUCUUAAAGUUAGUUUAGCUUGUGAUUGGUUUCUGCAGAUAAAAUGCAGAUACCUCACAUAAUAUGGCAAAUGAUUUUACCAUAAAUUCAAGAGAUGCAAAUGGAGAGAUCUUGAGUUUCAUUGAUCAAAGUAUGAACCGGUAAAAAUUUUGGAGUGA